AUUGUUAAAAAAGAAAAAUAAUAAUAUUGUCAAUGAUUUGUUUAUAAAAUUGUUUAUAAAUAAUAAACAAUCGUCAUUGAUAAAAUAUCAUCAAUGGAUUUAAUACGUGCAUCAAAGAAUAAUUUACAAUUAAUAAAAAAACUAAAUAAAUAUUCAAAUUUACAAAUUCGAUACAAACAAAUAUUAGCAACUGAAAAAAUUGUUGACAACAGCAAUCAACAAUUGAAUGAAAUAAAAGUAAGUAAUGAUAUAAUUAAAAAGCUAGAAAAAUUAUCACUUGUUGGUUUCGAAAACGAAACUGGUAUAAAAAGACUUGAAUCAGCAAUAAAAUUUACAGAAAAAUUAAAAAAUUUUACAAUUGAUGAAAAAAUAAGUCCAUUAUAUAGUGUAUUAGAAAAUGAAAAUCUUCAUUUAAGAAAUGACUGUAUAACUGAUGGUAAUUAUCGUAAAAAAAUAUUAAAAAAUACAACAUUAAGUGAAGAUAAUUAUUUUGUAGCACCACCUGGUAAUAUACCAUUUGAAAAAUGA